AUGCAUGCGCACCCCUCACCAGCUCACCAGCACAGCAACAACACACUCGCGUGUAUUUCUGUGCUCACCUCCCCUCCCACCACAGGCUUCUGCACGGUAGUGUGGCUCACAGCGACGCUCUUCAAGGCCAACGACUUCAUCCGCAAACAGGGCGCGCUCAAGGUGCGCCUCUCUCUUUCUCAGCCGCUCGUUAUCAGACGUGCUGGUGUGCGUUAUGCCCAUGGCAGUGCAGUCAGCUCACCUCUUCCUGCGCACGCUCUCCGCAGCUCACCUCGGUUCCCUCCUCUGUGCACCACUCCCUUCCCCGCGCGUUCCCCUCAUGCGUGCUGCCCAUCAGACGUGCUGGUCCGCUUCAUGGCCAUGGCAGUGAUGUCAGCUCAACCCCUUUUCUCCCCCACGUGUUCUCUCCUGUUCGCCCCUCUCCCCCAUCUCCCCGCCCUCCUCCUGUGCUACCAAUCAGACGUGCUGGUCCGCUUCAUGGCCAUGGCAGUGAUGUCAGCUCAACCCCUUUUCUCCCCCACGUGUUCUCUCCUGUUCGCCCCUCUCCCCCAUCUCCCCGCCCUCCUCCUGUGCUACCAAUCAGACGUGCUGGUCCGCUUCAUGGCCAUGGCAGUGAUGUCAGCUCAACCCCUUUUCUCCCCCACGUGUUCUCUCCUGUUCGCCCCUCUCCCCCAUCUCCCCGCCCUCCUCCUGUGCUACCAAUCAGACGUGCUGGUCCGCUUCAUGGCCAUGGCAGUGAUGUCAGCUCAACCCCUUUUCUCCCCCACGUGUUCUCUCCUGUUCGCCCCUCUCCCCCAUCUCCCCGCCCUCCUCCUGUGCUACCAAUCAGACGUGCUGGUCCGCUUCAUGGCCAUGGCAGUGAUGUCAGCUCAACCCCUUUUCUCCCCCACGUGUUCUCUCCUGUUCGCCCCUCUCCCCCAUCUCCCCGCCCUCCUCCUGUGCUACCAAUCAGACGUGCUGGUCCGCUUCAUGGCCAUGGCAGUGAUGUCAGCUCAACCCCUUUUCUCCCCCACGUGUUCUCUCCUGUUCGCCCCUCUCCCCCAUCUCCCCGCCCUCCUCCUGUGCUACCAAUCAGACGUGCUGGUCCGCUUCAUGGCCAUGGCAGUGAUGUCAGCUCAACCCCUUUUCUCCCCCACGUGUUCUCUCCUGUUCGCCCCUCUCCCCCAUCUCCCCGCCCUCCUCCUGUGCUACCAAUCAGACGUGCUGGUCCGCUUCAUGGCCAUGGCAGUGAUGUCAGCUCAACCCCUUUUCUCCCCCACGUGUUCUCUCCUGUUCGCCCCUCUCCCCCAUCUCCCCGCCCUCCUCCUGUGCUACCAAUCAGACGUGCUGGUCCGCUUCAUGGCCAUGGCAGUGAUGUCAGCUCAACCCCUUUUCUCCCCCACGUGUUCUCUCCUGUUCGCCCCUCUCCCCCAUCUCCCCGCCCUCCUCCUGUGCUACCAAUCAGACGUGCUGGUCCGCUUCAUGGCCAUGGCAGUGAUGUCAGCUCAACCCCUUUUCUCCCCCACGUGUUCUCUCCUGUUCGCCCCUCUCCCCCAUCUCCCCGCCCUCCUCCUGUGCUACCAAUCAGACGUGCUGGUCCGCUUCAUGGCCAUGGCAGUGAUGUCAGCUCAACCCCUUUUCUCCCCCACGUGUUCUCUCCUGUUCGCCCCUCUCCCCCAUCUCCCCGCCCUCCUCCUGUGCUACCAAUCAGACGUGCUGGUCCGCUUCAUGGCCAUGGCAGUGAUGUCAGCUCAACCCCUUUUCUCCCCCACGUGUUCUCUCCUGUUCGCCCCUCUCCCCCAUCUCCCCGCCCUCCUCCUGUGCUACCAAUCAGACGUGCUGGUCCGCUUCAUGGCCAUGGCAGUGAAGUGUGGCCUUCUCGUUGCCCACCGCCACAGCAAGGGCAUGCACAACCGCCACCAGGCACAGAUCCUAACCCUAGUGGAGUACACAUCGCUCCUCUAUCGCGCCUUUGUGCCGGCACCCGUGUGGUUCCAGUUCUUUCUCAACGACCAGGCGUAUGGCCGCCUCACCGCCUCCCUCACUGCUGGGCUCUACCUCGCAUUCAAGCUCUCCACCUCGCUCGAUAGGGUGCUUCUCUUUGUGUCAGCUGUUCGCCAAGCGGUGGGGAAAGGCGAGCAGUAUGGGACCGAGGCCACGCCUGACGAGGUAGCAGCAGCCGGCAACAUGUGUGCUAUCUGCCAGGAGCACAUGACUGGGCCUGUCACGCUGCGGUGCCGCCACGUGUUCUGCGACGAAUGCGUCUCUGAGUGGUUUGAAAGGGAGCGCACCUGCCCUCUGUGUCGUAUGCUGGUCAAGCCAGCAGGGCUGCGCUCAUUCAGUGAUGCCAACACAAGCCUGCUAGUUCAGCUGUUUUGA